AUGGAAGGUCAAUCUUCUAAAGUUUCUACUCCCAAGAAGCGAAAGCCUGAUCAAGCCACUUCUUCGGCUUCAAAGAAACGUAAGACAAAGAAGAAGGGGAAUAAGCCAAAUGCUCCUUCAUCAAGUUAUCGAAACUCACCGCCUGCUUCUCCUACUCAAUCGGUUCCAACUACUAUAGCUCCUUUUCCUCCACCCAUUUCCUCUUCCACUACAACCUCAAUUCCCAUUCCAGCUCCUUUAUUCACUGAGGUUACCACAACAACACCUACAACCACUACACCCACCACUCAACCACAAGUUCGUGUCAACGUAUCUGAUAUGGGGGCACCUACUUCAGAAUCUCAACCACCAAUUACUUCAAAACCUUUAUCCCCACCUCUUUUUACACGAAUCUGA